AUGCAAGCAAGCGUUCUAUGGAAUCGUCACCUUCUGUCGGUUUUGUCUUGGGGAGAAAUAGAUGAUAUUCUGCUAAGCAAUGAGGAACGACGACUGCUGAUAGGAGGCAGCUAUUUCGACGACCUCGAAGACGAGCUGAGGCGCAAAAGCGAACGGGAGCUGUUCAGGUACCGGUCCCGCCACGGCCUCCUGGACAUUGAACGGAUUGACGUUGAACUUUUUAAGCUGCAGUUCAGGUUCGAGAAAGAAGAUUUCGGCGAACUAGCAAGUGCUCUUUUAUUGCCACAAGCAGUGGUCAGUGCGCAGAAUGUGACUGUUCCUGGGCAAACUGCUUUGUGUCUUACUCUUCGACGCCUCGCCUACCCAAACAGAUGGUGCGAUUUGAAGAACAUUUUUGGUCUGCAUGCCUCCGUCAUGUCUUCUGUGGCCUCAAAAAUGUUUUGUCACAUCACCAGUAACUUCGGUCAUCUGCUGGAUGAUUGCAACAACCAUAGUUGGUUAUCGCCCUUUUUCGCACUUAUUUUUCUGCAGGCUGUGGCAAGGAAAGGAGCGCCUCUUCGCAACUGUUGGGCGUUCAUCGACGGAACGGCUCGACCUAUUUGCAGACCGAAACGAAACCAAGAACAGUACUACUCGGGGCACAAGAGAUGCCACUGUGUAAAAUAUCAGUCUGUCAUGUGCCCGAACAGCAUUAUUUGCCAACUGGAUGGACCUUACCCCGGAAGACGACAUGAUGCAGGAAUUCUUGAGAGCAGCGGACUAUACUCGAAGCUCGAGCGGCUUGUAAAAGACGACGACUUCGUGGUAUACGGGGACCCGGCGUAUCCCCUGCUGCCGCUCGUAAUGAAACCAUAUGGCGGGAACACCCUGACACCAGCACAGCAGGCCUUCAACCGUGGGAUGAGCUCUAAGAGUUGA